ACCUCAGUUACGUCAUCAUCCGAAAUGCACUGCGAGUGUCAGUUUGUUUGAUAGAUAAACAAGAACUGCAUAACCUUAAACGAUUGCAAGGAAAAACAUAACUCGUAUUCUGGUGUGACCAUGGGGAAGGCCUUCUCCCUCCUGUCCAAGCAGGCAUGCUACGAUGACUCCCUGACCACCACACAGGACGAUGAUGGGAAGAGAGAGGACGUGUCCCAGUUCCCCUACGUAGAGUUCACAGGCCGGGACAGCGUCACAUGUCCCAGCUGCCAGGGCACUGGGAGGAUACCUAGAGGCCAAGAGAACCAGCUGGUGGCAUUGAUUCCAUACAGUGACCAGAGACUCAGGCCCAGGAGAACAAAGCUGUAUGUGACGGCCUCAGUGGCUGUGUGUCUGCUGCUGUCCAGCCUGGCUGUCUUCUUCCUAUUCCCUCGUACCAUAGACGUCUCUUACGGGGGCGUCAAGUCUGUCUUCGUCACAUACGAUGAGGAUAAGAGGAUUGUCUAUCUCAACGUGACGAACACUCUGAACAUCACCAAUAACAACUACUACAGUAUAGAGGUGUCUAACAUCACAGCCCAGGUCCAGUUCUCCAACACGGUGAUCGGGAAGUCCCGCAUCAAUAACCGCACCGCUAUCAGUCCUCUGGGCUUGCAGCAGGUUGACUACAUGGUUCCCACCAUUAUAGCAGACGAGAUGAGCUACAUGUAUGAUUACUGCACCCUACAGACCAUAAAGGUGCACAACAUUGUGGUUAUGAUGCAGGUGACGGUGACCACAGUGUACUUUGGCCACAUGGAGCAGGUCACUCAGGAGAUGUACCAGUAUGUAGACUGUGGAGUUAACACCACCACUGUGAGGGGGGCGCAGCCCAAGGUGUCUAAUGCCCCAAUACCCCCAGAGUAACCCACAUACUUGCCCUACCUGACCUGAGCCUGGUCCUGGUGAGGGUCCUUGGAUAUAGAAUGUUAGAGCAGGGAUAAAAGUGUCCACCCAGUAGCUCUCCAGGAGGAGGGUUAGCCACCCCAGCCGAAGAUGGUACACUGUGUUUCUCCUUCCUCUUCACCAUCCAUCUACUGAUGAAGACCCCACUGUCAUGCAUUUCUGUGUUAGCUUACCAUUUUGUUGGGAGUAUAUGCCAAAUGUGCAGUUGAGGGGAAAAAUACUUGUUUUAAAUGUAUAAACACUACCACAAUAUUUCAGUACCAAACCAUUAUGCACUUUAUUAAUGCAUUUCAAAUUCAACCUGUCACUGUGACAAUGUAACAUUUCACGAUGCCACUCCAGACUCCUCCAAACCACUUUGAACUGUAAAUGUAUAUGAAGUAAUAACACUUUCCUGUGUAUGGAUGAGGAUAACCUCUGAAAGAGUUCUCUCAGUAAUCUGAUCUCAAAUCAUUUUGAUAGUCAGAGAAAUUGAACCAACAGAUCUGGGACCAGUCUAUUCUCAAAGUUAGACCUGUUGUAACACAAUAGUGUGUAUUAUUAUGACAUUAAUCUAGUCCAUCUAAAUCUGCUGAUCAAUCACAAUCCCCUAUAUAGCACUACUAUGGCUCUGUCCAAAGGUAGUGCGCUAUAUAGGGCCCCCAAACUCAACUCUGGACCUCGAAGCCAGUUCCACUGUGUUUUUUCUUCAUUGUU